GGUCGUGCGGUGUAUUGAGGCACGUGAGUUGCGCCGCCAUUUCAACCUGGGCUCCCGUCUCGUCCUUCCCGCGCUGCUCGCCACAAUAUGUACUGAUGUACUGUGUAUAUGCUUGUGCCACGGGGAGGCGCUAUGGCGCAGCAUCUGCCUCAUUAGUUUAUUGUUCCAGCUGAGAUGUCGUAGUAGAGCGCGGGAAAAUAGCAGUGUGACCGUGAGAAUGAUGUGUCCGCUGCAGUCACUAAAUAAAUAUGCCGAAGGCUAAAGAAGACUCAACAUCUUUUCUUCCGAAUGCAACGUUAGCUGCAACAGUACAGUAGCACAAACUCAACAGGUUAUGGGCCCAGGAGUCGUUCGGAAGAUAAGUUCACUCACCACCGACUAGAGAGUCGCGGCCGCAACGGACUGCGUGCUAGCGGGGGUGCUGGCUGAGAGGACUGGCGGGCUAACAUGGCGGAACAACGAAGGAGAUUGCCUCGUCUGACGUUCGACGGAGAUGAGACGAAGUAUGAGCUUUGGGAGACCAAAAUGAUGGGACACUUUCAUUUAUCAGGGCUAAAGGAUACUGUGUUAAGAGAACCGAGGACAGAAGUCGAGAUAGCGGCAGAUACAAAGAAAAAUGCUGACGCUUAUGCAGAGUUGAUUUUGCUGUUAGAUGACAAAAGCCUCUCAUUAGUUAUGAGGGAUGCGCCCGAUAAUGGAAGAAAGGCUCUGCAAAUAUUGAGAGAGUAUUAUGCGGGGAGGGGAAAGCCCCGUAUAAUAAACUUGUACACCACGUUGACAUCGCUACACAAGGCUAACGAUGAAAGUGUAAUGGACUAUAUCAUCAGAGCUGAAACCGCCAUCACAGCAUUGCGGAACGCGGGAGAAACGUUGGGAGACAGCCUGCUAGUUGCUAUGGCUUUAAAAGGAUUGCCUGAGAGUUUCAAGCCAUUCGCAAUACAUGUGGCACAUACAGACGAUAACAUCACGUUUGCAGAUUUCAAAACUAAACUGGUAGUUUUGAAGAGACGGAGAAGAUAAAAGCAGCCAACUCCAACGAUAGCGUGAUGAAGACCCAGGGGAGAACCGGACGGCGACCUCCCAGUAGCAGCGCACAUGGACCGGGCAAAGACAACAGCGAGAUGGUGUGCUUCAAGUGCGGCACCAAAGGCCACAGAGCGAAAGCAUGUCGACAGAAGACCUGGUGCAGUUUUUGCAGAAGUUCCACACACAAAGACGUCACAUGCAGGCGUAAAGACAGAGACCGAAGGGACGGCGUGAGCAAAGUGUCGGAGAAUGCUGAGGUAAAGGAGGACUUCGCGUUCAAGAUGGCGGACGGACGGGCCAGUGACCAGCGGCAGCCGGCGCGCACCUAUGAAGGCCAGAGACGCACACGGUCGAGCUGGCAGAUGGCACCCGGUGCAGCGGGGUCGCUCAGCGGAGGGGAAAUGCUGAGGUUUCCCUCAUCGACAGCAGAGGACAGCGACACAAGGCGACGCUGAGAGACGCUUUACUUGUACCGUCAUACCCCCAAUGCAUCUUCUCGGUGAAGGCGGCGACUGCGAGUGGGGCUACAGUUGUCUUUAAAGAAGGUAAAGACGCCUUGAUAACCAGAGACGGUACCAGAUUUAACAUUCAUGUUUAUGACAGGAUGUAUUAUUUGCAUACUGAAACUGAGUCUAAUGAUAAGUGUAAUGCAUGUCACGACAUACAAGCAUGGCAUGAGAUAUUAGGCCACUGUAAUUAUGAGGAUGUUCUUAAGUUACAGAAUGUUGUUGAAGGAAUGCAGAUCAAGGGCAAAAUGGGUAGGCCUGAACAAGAGUGUGAGGUGUGUAUUCAGGGAAAGUUUGCCCAAACCAGAAAUAGGGACCCUGAUACUAGAGCAAACGCUCCCUUACAGAUGGUACACACAGACAGGGGCGGCCCCAGCAUAUUUGGCGC